GAGAAUGAUGGACUUCAUUGAAAAAAAAAUGAACUCUAUGGAACGUCGAGUUCAGUACGAUAUUAAGCAUAAAAGUGACGAAAUAAUAGACGUUGUAAAGGCUGCUAUGUCAGCAUCAACUGUUCAGUCGUUUUUAGAAAAACCUCUAAUGAAUAAGCUGCCACUUCAAACUUGCGAAGAAUUCGAAACUUUUGAAAUCGAAAUAAAAAAAAAUGAAGAAUUGCGACAAAAUUUGCAAACCCACAUUUUGCGUCAAAUAGCCAGUUCUUUAAACGUUCGCGAAGCUGUAAAAUGUGUGAUGCCAUCACUAAUUAAAAAAGAUGUACAAAUAAAAUAUUCCGGAAAAGGAAAAAAGUCUAAAGGAGUCGGAAAAUUAGAUUUUUCAGCAACUGCGCUUUAUUCAUGUAUUGCAGCGAAAGAAAGCGAUGUUUCUAGCGCUAUAGGGACAUGGCUGGCACAAUCUGGGGAUAGAGAAGGUGGGAGAAAAAAUAGAAAUCUAGAAAAUUCAAAAGCUGAUAAUACGCCAGUAAUGAUUGACGAAUUAACUGUUAAUCAGUUAAACGAAAUUCCUAGACCGGAUGACAAUGGAAAUAUUGUUUAA